AGAUGGCGGCGGGCGGCGCGGCGCGGGGCCGGAGGCGCUCGGACACCCGCGGCCCCGCUCGCCCGGCCCGGCUACGGCCGCGGCACCGGGCCCGGAGCUCCGCCAAGGCAGCCCCGGCUGCCGACCCCGCACAGCCCCCGGGGGAAGCAGCCGACACGGCGAGCCCGUGUUCAUCACAUGAAGCUGCUGAAGGACAGCUCGCAAAGAGGAUGAAAUGUGAAGAAAGCAGCCUAAAAUCAGAGCUAGAAGGACUCACAUGUGAAAGUGGAAAUCUUGUUACACUGGGGGAAACACCUAAAACUUUUGAUGGGGAUGGAGGCUCAGAAGAUCUAGGAGACAGCAGUAUAAUCCAACAGGAAAAAGAUGAAAGCAUUCCAGAGACUGAUGAAGGGAAGCAGGGAAAGGAGUGUGGUGUUUCUCUGGAGCCACCUGCAGUGAAAUCCAGCGGUACCGCGAUAAAAAGGGAUGGCUAUCUGCACCAGUAUCAUGUGUUCAGUGAAGAGGAGAGCAGCUGUGGGAGCUUUGAUGGAGCCACCUCGGAGGACGCGGAUCACCCGCGGAGGCCGAUGCUCCUGGAGCACAGCAGCUGCUUCUCGGAUGAGGACAGCAACCAGCCCAUGCCAGUGCACCGCUUCUUUGGAGAUGUGGAGCUGCAUCUCCCAGCAGUUGUGCUCCCGAGCGUGACCAGGAGCAGGAGAGAAGCCAGGAAGCUCCAUUUCAUUGCAAAGGAAGAUGAUGAUGAUGAGGAGGAGGAGGAAGAGUAUGUUGUGUAACAUAAAGUGUAAACAAAUUAAACCCUUUUUUUUUUGCAA